UAAAAAAGAUAUAAAUUGUCGAUUAUUUUUCAAAUAUGUUCAACACAUUAGAUGUAUUUUACCAAACAUUUGCUUCGGUGGUCAACAUUGAGAUCAUCGAUAGUAAGACAAAUGAGCGACAAUAAGAUCCCAUUAGUUGUGAUCAUCGGAGCCACAGGUUGUGCGAAGACUAAGCUAUCGAUUGAUAUUUCAAAACAAAUCAAUGCAGAGAUCAUUAGUGCCGACUCUAUGCAGGUCUACAAAGAUCUCGAUAUAAUCACUAAUAAGGCCACACAUGAAGAGAGAAAACUCGUCAGACAUCACUUGAUUGACUUCUUGGAUCCAUUGAGCCGAUUCUCGGUCGUGGAUUUCCGCAACAAAACUCUUGAAGUGAUCAAUGAUCUCAUGUCCAGAGGAAUUGUUCCCAUAUUAGUUGGUGGCACUAAUUAUUACAUUGAAUCUAUUUUAUGGGAAGUGUUGAUCAGUGGCGAUGAGGAGGAAUCGGAUGAUAAUGAAGUUCCUCUUUUAGAUCGUGAAGUCAUCGAUUGUAAAGACAAUCACCGAAUGAAUGAAAAUGAUUUAACCAAAGACAGCAUAUUAUGUCAUCCGAUAUUUACAUUUGGUUUAAAUGAAGUUUCUAGCGAUAAAUUGCAUCAAAUUCUUGAACAAUUAGAUCCGGUGUCUUCACAAAAAAUUCAUCCAAAUGACAGACGUAAAGUUAUACGAUGUCUUCAAAUAUAUCAGCAAAAGAAAAAAACCAAAAGUGAAUUAAUUAAUGAACAAAUGACAGCUAAUGGAGGAUCACAAUUAGGAGGUCCUCUUAGGUUUAAGAAUUCAGUAAUUCUUUGGGUUGAUUGCGAUAAAUUUGUAUUAAACCAACGAUUAGAUGAAAGAGUGGAUAAAAUGAUUGAAAAAGGACUGAUUGAAGAAUUAUUAGAUUUUCAUCAAAAAUAUAAUAAACAAAGAAUAUCACAGAAUUUAACUCCUGAUUAUUCUCAAGGAAUCUUUCAAUCGAUUGGAUUUAAAGAGUUUCAUAAUUAUCUUCUUCUCACUGAAGAUCAACGAAAGAAUAACCCUUUUUCUAAACAAAUGUUAAAUCAAUCAAUAGAUAACUUAAAAUUAGUGACUAAACGUUAUGUUAAACAUCAGCUAAAAUGGAUUAGAAAUAGAUUUCUCAUAAAUAAUGACAGAGCAGUUCCACCUAUUUAUAGAUUAGAUACAACAUCUUCUGAACUUUGGAACCAAGAAGUAUUAGAGACAUCGAUGGCUAUAGUAAAUGCAUUUAUUAACUCAAAUGAUGUACCAACUCAUAUAACUCGAGUCCCUAAACUUGAAAUCGAUGAAAAUGUGUCCAAAAUAUUUAUCUGUGAUAUUUGCAACAAACGGAUGUCUGGUUUAAUAGCCUAUGAAUUACAUCUCAAAUCUAAAGGACACCAAUAUUUCGUUAGACAUAAGAAACAAAUUCAUAACCAAUUGAUAGCAGUUUUGAAUUCAUACGAAAGUAAAUUUAGAGGCAAUGAAUGCAUUGAUUGAAUAAUUUUUAUUUAUUAAAAAAAUAUUAAAAUAC